AUGCAGGAGAGCGGGAAAAAGAGGAGAGCGGGAAAAAGAGGAGAGCGGGAAAAAGAGGAGAGCGGGAAAAAGAGGAGAGCGGGAAAAAGAGGAGAGCGGGAAAAAGAGGAGAGCGGGAAAAAGAGGAGAGCGGGAAAAAGAGGAGAGCGGGAAAAAGAGGAGAGCGGGAAAAAGAGGAGAGCGGGAAAAAGAGGAGAGCGGGAAAAAGAGGAGAGCGGGAAAAAGAGGAGAGCGGGAAAAAGAGGAGAGCGGGAAAAAGAGGAGAGCGGGAAAAAGAGGAGAGCGGGAAAAAGAGGAGAGCGGGAAAAAGAGGAGAGCGGGAAAAAGAGGAGAGCGGGAAAAAGAGGAGAGCGGGAAAAAGAGGAGAGCGGAAAAGAGGAGAGCGGGAAAAAGAGGAGAGCGGGAAAAGAGGAGAGCGGGAAAAAGAGGAGAGCGGGAAAAAGAGGAGAGCGGGAAAAAGAGGAGAGCGGGAAAAAGAGGAGAGCGGGAAAAAGAGGAGAGCGGGAAAAAGAGGAGAGCGGGAAAAGAGGAGAGCGGGAAAAAGAGGAGAGCGGGAAAAAGAGGAGAGCGGGAAAAAGAGGAGAGCGGGAAAAAGAGGAGAGCGGGAAAAAGAGGAGAGCGGGAAAAAGAGGAGAGCGGGAAAAAGAGGAGAGCGGGAAAAGAGGAGAGCGGGAAAAAGAGGAGAGCGGGAAAAGAGGAGAGCGGGAAAAAGAGGAGAGCGGGAAAAAGAGGAGAGCGGGAAAAAGAGGAGAGCGGGAAAAAGAGGAGAGCGGGAAAAAGAGGAGAGCGGGAAAAAGAGGAGAGCGGGAAAAGAGGAGAGCGGGAAAAAGAGGAGAGCGGGAAAAAGAGGAGAGCGGGAAAAAGAGGAGAGCGGGAAAAGAGGAGAGCGGGAAAAAGAGGAGAGCGGGAAAAAGAGGAGAGCGGGAAAAAGAGGAGAGCGGGAAAAAGAGGAGAGCGGGAAAAAGAGGAGAGCGGGAAAAAGAGGAGAGCGGGAAAAAGAGGAGAGCGGGAAAAAGAGGAGAGCGGGAAAAGAGGAGAGCGGGAAAAAGAGGAGAGCGGGAAAAAGAGGAGAGCGGGAAAAAGAGGAGAGCGGGAAUAAGAGGAGAGCGGGAAAAAGAGGAGAGCGGGAAAAAGAGGAGAGCGGGAAAAAGAGGAGAGCGGGAAAAAGAGGAGAGCGGGAAUAAGAGGAAAAAAAGAGGAGAGCGGGAAAAAGAGGAGAGCGGGAAAAAGAGGAGAGCGGGAAAAAGAGGAGAGCGGGAAAAAGAGGAGAGCGGGAAAAAGAGGAGAGCGGGAAAAAGAGGAGAGCGGGAAAAAGAGGAGAGCGGGGGGGAAAAAGAGGAGAGCGGGAAAAAGAGGAGAGCGGGAAAAAGAGGCGGGGGAAAAAGAGGGAGAGCGGGAAAAAGAGGAGAGCGGGAAAAAGAGGAGAGCGGGAAAAAGAGGAGAGCGGGAAAAAGAGGAGAGCGGGAAAAAGAGGAGAGCGGGAAAAAGAAGAGCGGGAAAAACGAGGAGAGCGGGGAAAAAGAGGAGAGCGGAAAAAAGAGGAGAGCGGGAAAAAGAGGAGAGCGGGAAAAAGAGGAGAGCGGGAAAAAGAGGAGAGCGGGAAAAAGAGGAGAGCGGGAAAAAGAGGAGAGCGGGAAAAAGAGGAGAGCGGGAAAAAGAGGAGAGCGGGAAAAAGAGGAGAGCGGGAAAAAAGAGGAGAGCGGGAAAAAGAGGAGAGCGGGAAAAAGAGGAGAGCGGGAAAAAGAGGAGAGCGGGAAAAAGCGGGAAAAAGAGGAGAGCGGGAAAAAGAGGAGAGAGCGGGAAAAAGAGGAGAGCGGGAAAAAGAGGAGAGCGGGAAAAAGAGGAGAGCGGGAAAAAGAGGAGAGCGGGAAAAAGAGGAGAGCGGGAAAAGAGGAAGAAAAAAAGAGGAGAGCGGGAAAAAGAGGAGAGCGGGAAAAAGAGGAGAGCGGGAAAAGAGGAGAGCGGGAAAAAGAGGAGAGCGGGAAAAAAGAGGAGAGCGGGAAAAAGAGGAGAGCGGGAAAAAAAAGAGGAGAGCGGGAAAAAGAGGAGAGCGGGAAAAAGAGGAGAGCGGGAAAAAGAGGAGAGCGGGAAAAAGAGGAGAGCGGGAAAAAGAGGAGAGCGGGAAAAAGAGGAGAGCGGGAAAAAGAGGAGAGCGGGAAAAGAGGAGAGCGGGAAAAAGAGGAGAGCGGGAAAAAGAGGAGAGCGGGAAAAAGAGGAGAGCGGGAAAAAGAGGAGAGCGGGAAAAAGAGGAGAGCGGGAAAAAAAAAGAGGAGAGCGGGAAAAGAGGAGAGCGGGAAAAAGAGGAGAGCGGGAAAAAGAGGAGAGCGGGAAAAAGAGGAGAGCGGGAAAAAGAGGAGAGCGGGAAUAAGAGGAGAGCGGGAAAAAGAGGAGAGCGGGAAAAAGAGGAGAGCGGGAAAAAGAGGAGAGCGGGAAAAAGAGGAGAGCGGGAAAAAGAGGAGAGCGGGAAAAAGAGGAGAGCGGGAAAAAGAGGAGAGCGGGAAAAAAGAGGAGAGCGGGAAAAAGAGGAGAGCGGGAAAAAGAGGAGAGCGGGAAAAGAGGAGAGCGGGAAAAAGAGGAGAGCGGGAAAAAGAGGAGAGCGGGAAAAAGAGGAGAGCGGGAAAAAGAGGAGAGCGGGAAAAAGAGGAGAGCGGGGAAAAAGAGGAGAGCGGGAAAAAGAGGAGAGCGGGAAAAAGAGGAGAGCGGGAAAAAGAGGAGAGCGGGAAAAAGAGGAGAGCGGGAAAAAGAGGAGAGCGGAAAAAGGAGCGGGAAAAAGAGGAGAGCGGGAAAAAGAGGAGAGCGGGAAAAAGAGGAGAGCGGGAAAAAGAGGAGAGCGGGAAAAAGAGGAGAGCGGGAAAAAGAGGAGAGCGGGAAAAAGAGGAGAGCGGGAAAAAGAGGAGAGCGGGAAAAAGAGGAGAGCGGGAAAAAAGAGGAGAGCGGGAAAAAGAGGAGAGCGGGAAAAAGAGGAGAGCGGGAAAAAGAGGAGAGCGGGAAAAAGAGGAGAGCGGGAAAAAGAGGAGAGCGGGAAAAAGAGGAGAGCGGGAAAAAGAGGAGAGCGGGAAAAAGAGGAGAGCGGGAAAAAGAGGAGAGCGGGAAAAAGAGGAGAGCGGGAAAAAAGAGGAGAGCGGGAAAAAGAGGAGAGCGGGAAAAAGAGGAGAGCGGGAAAAAGAGAGCGGAAAAGAGGAGAGCGGGAAAAAGAGGAGAGCGGGAAAAAGAGGAGAGCGGGAAAAAGAGGAGAGCGGGAAAAAGAGGAGAGCGGGAAUAAGAGGAGAGCGGGAAAAAGAGGAGAGCGGGAAAAAGAGGAGAGCGGGAAUAAGAGGAGAGCGGGAAAAAGAGGAGAGCGGGAAAAAGAGGAGAGCGGGAAAAAGAGGAGAGCGGGAAAAAGAGGAGAGCGGGAAAAAGAGGAGAGCGGGAAUAAGAGGAGAGCGGGAAAAAGAGGAGAGCGGGAAAAAGAGGAGAGCGGGAAAAAGAGGAGAGCGGGAAAAAGAGGAGAGCGGGAAAAGAGGAGAGCGGGAAAAAGAGGAGAGGAGGGGAAAAGAGGAGAGCGGGAAAAAGAGGAGAGCGGGGAAAAGAGGAGAGCGGGAAAAAGAGGAGAGCGGGAAAAAGAGGAGAGCGGGAAAAAGAGGAGAGCGGGAAAAAGAGGAGAGCGGGAAUAAGAGGAGAGCGGGAAAAAGAGGAGAGCGGGAAAAAGAGGAGAGCGGGAAAAAGAGGAGAGCGGGAAAAAGAGGAGAGCGGGAAAAAGAGGAGAGCGGGAAAAGAGGAGAGCGGGAAAAAGAGGAGAGCGGAAAAAGAGGAGAGCGGGAAAAAGAGGAGAGCGGGAAAAAGAGGAGAGCGGGAAAAAGAGGAGAGCGGGAAAAAGAGGAGAGCGGGAAAAAGAGGAGAGCGGGAAAAAGAGGAGAGCGGGAAAAAGAGGAGAGCGGGAAAAAGAGGAGAGCGGGAAAAAGAGGAGAGCGGGAAAAAGAGGAGAGCGGGAAAAAGAGGAGAGCGGGAAAAAGAGGAGAGCGGGAAUAA